AUGUCAGAUUUUCACUGGAACUAUUGUCAUGACCUCAUCUUUCUUUUACCCCCCCACCCAUCACUGCCACCACCAUCUGAAGAGAUUGAUGUUUUUCAGAGGAUCAGUGGGUGUGAGCUGUUGGACGGUGACGUCCAAGGACAAUUUAAGUUAUUAGAUUCUUACAGUGGCUUUGCUGGAAACCUACUGGAACUGAAUUUCAACUUGCAAAAGAAGACUUCACUGUGGAGCAUGGAUUCGAUAAUCGACUGGGGCAUUCACACUGAAAGUGGUACUAAAGUGAUAGUGGAAAAUAUUUAUCAGCCUAUAUGCAUCAAAAUCUUACAGAGGUACCUUCAGAGAGAAAAAAGAUAUUUGCUGAGGAAAGUGAAACCCAGAGUCAGGCUUCUCAAGAAGACACUCACACACUCUACAAGGACUCAGGUGACAUGUCUGGCUACUGGUUUUUACCCCCGCCACAUUAACCUGACACUGCUUAGAGAUGGUCAGCCAAUACCUGAAGACCAGCUUACUGGAGGGAUACUGCUACCUAAUACUGAUGGAACUUACCAGAUGAGGAAAAGUCUGGAGGUCAGUGCAGGGGAAGUAAACCAUAACUACACCUGUGUAGUCACCCACCUCAGUCUGGACAACAAGUUGGACAUCAGUAUGGGUCACAAAGAACUGACCAAGAGUAGAAACACCGCUACUGCAAGUACAGAGAACAAUGAGUGCUCCCCAGAAACCAAAUAA